AUGGAUCCUCGUUUUUACAAUCUCCUUGAUAUAACCUUACCCUUGUCAUUCAGCAGUACCUACGCUGGCAGUAGCAGCAGUGGACCUAAUCAUGAUGAGCCAUGGAUGGACCCUAGGAUCUGGAGGAAGCUCCCAACUCGGAUUAUCGACCGCAUUAUCGCCUUUCUCCCACCGCCAGCCUUCUUCCGAUCUCGAUGUGUCUGUAGGAGAUGGAACAGCCUCUUGUUCACCAACACCUUCCUUCAACUCUACUUCGAUAUCUUCCCACACUGUCGCCAUUGGUUCCUCUUCUUCAAGGCCCAGAAUCUCUUUAGUGACAACAGCAACAAUAGGGCUGAAGGGUACCUUUUCGAUACUUAUGAACUCGUAUGGUACCGUCUUCCCUUUCCUUUGGUUCCACCGUCUGGCUUCUCUCCAGCUGCUUCUUCAGGCGGUCUGGUCUGUUGGAUUUCGGAUGACCCUGCUCCGAAAACCCUACUUAUCUCCAACCCACUUGCUCGUACCCUAAACUAUCUCCCUACAACCCUAACCCCAAGGUACCAACCCUCCAUCGGCUUCACUGUCACGUCUACUUCCAUAGACGUCACCCUUGCCGGAGAUGACCUCAUCAACAAUGCCCAAGCGGUGAAGAACUCCACCGCAGAAAGGUUCCACGUCGACGGUACGGGCUGCUUUCUCCCCACAUGGCAAAUCACAUCUCGUCUUCCCAGACUCUGCAACUUUGACUCGGCUGGUAGAAUGGUGCAUGUUAACGGAAGGCUUUACAACAUGAGCUUCCAUCCUUUCAACGUCGCGGCCUAUGACGUGGAAGCAGCCGUUUGGUGGGACAUCCAGCCACCGAUGAAGAGGUUCCUGAAGUUCCCGAGCGUGGUGGAGAGCGGCACCGGGAAGCUUCUGCUGGUUUCGGCUAUAGAGAAGAGGUCGCUGAUUGUGCCGAAAACCUUGAGGAUCUGGAGCUUGGAGGAAGGACCUUCGUGGGUAGAGAUGGAGAGGAUGCCUCAGGAGCUUUAUGAUCAGUUCUGUCCGGAGAUGGAGUCCUGUGGGAAUGGGUUUCACUGCGUUGGCCAUGGUGAGUUCAUUCUGCUCAUGAUUCCGGGGAGUUAUCGUCGUAUCACUCAUAUGGGUGUGUUGUUUGAUAUGAAUACCAAAGAGUGGAAGUGGAUGCCUCCAUGUCCUUAUGUUGGUAUGGGUCAACUGAGCCGUGGUUUUGCUUAUGAUCCCCGGCUGUCUACUCCGGUCACUUCGCUUCUGAAUUAUCAGUUCACUGCUGCUCCAUUUCCGAUUUGA